GCGGGUGUAGCCUUCAGCAGACUCUGUCCCUCUCUCUUGCUCUUACAUACACACACGGCAGAAUAGACAUUACACGCAUAUGCACGUAGAGACAGCUAUUGCUAUAUACGUGUAUACAUAUAGAUAAAUAGCGUUAGAUGUACACACACAGCUGUACAUUACAAGACAAACUAUACAGACACGUUUAGACAAGUUCAGGCGGACACACCGCCGCACACACGCACAGGCAAAUCUAAGCACACGGAUACGAAUAUCAGUCACACGUUUACACACAUAUCCUGAAUAUACAAAAAUAUAGAUAUACAGAGACGCACACACACAUCUAAUAUACGUAUAUCAACAAGCAGAUAGAUAACACGUACAAUUAUCCACACAUCAGUAUACACGCAGAGAGACAGAUCCCCCGUAUCGCCUGAAGAACACACACACACGCACUUCAACACAUACCUCCUUGCCUACCUCUCUCCUCCGUCUUCUCAGGCAGCACCAUGGACAGCGCCCGCCGCGCCCCCACACAGCUGCCCGCCGCCCCGCCCCCCGCGCCGCCGCUGCUGCUGCUGCUGUCGCUGCUGCUGCUGCUCAGCAGCAGCUCGCUGUGCGGAGUCGCGCGGGCCGAGUCGUCGCAGCAGCAGCAGCUGCAGCUCGAGUCGCGCUCCCUCGAGGAGUACCCCGCCAAGGACUUGGACGCGUCCCACGAGAAGGAACUGUUGGACGCAUUGCAGAGUGUGCUGGAAAAGCUUCAAAACAAGAGGAUGCCCAGCUGGGAGAAGAAAUACGGACAGCUCCCCAUCUGCGAUGCGGGCGAGUGGUGCGCGGUCCGCAAAGGGUCUCGCAUCGGGAAGCUCUGCGACUGCACCCGUGGCACCUCCUGCAACUCGUUCCUGCUCAAGUGUCUGUAGAGGCCGCGGCGGGGUGGUUGGUGGGCUCCAGGGUUCGAAGUCGCGGGGUCAAGGGGCGCAAGGCCGCCUACACCACCACUCCCCCCCCACCAGCCCCCUCCGCGUUUGGCCACCCACUCUGUCGCCAGACGCCACGGAUUUCACCAGAUUCAAAAACUCGCUCGCUCGCUCGCUCACCACCGUCGCCGCGGAUCCAGCCGACGAUGACACGGUCGUCCAUCACCAACAGCAUCGUCAUCAGCAUCAUCAGCAGCAGCAUCAGCAUCACAAUUACUGCCAUCAGCAAUACCGCUCACUUCGUGAAACAGUUGAUUACGCUAAAACCUAAUUUCGCUAACGUUAUCAUGGUGACCUCGUCGUCGUCAUCAUCAUCAUUGUCGUCACCAAUAACCAGAGGGUAAUUAGUAGUUAAUCAAUAGCCACCACUCACCACCAACACAGUUGAUAAUGCUCAUACAGCACAAAUGACUCUAGUACUACCACUAUCACCACAAAUCGUCAUGACAGCUAUUAUAAUCACCGCCACCAUCACCACUGCACGGCUAAUACAGCUGAUCCCACAUUAAUACCAUCACCGCCAUCAUCACAAUCCAAUACCACCGACACCGAUACGGCGGGCAAAUAACAAUACCAAUGCCACUGCCAUUCUCGCCAAUGUCAGCAUCAUCAACAAUUAUAAUCGCCAACAUCUUCAUCACCACCACCACCACCACCACAAGCACAACAAUGAAUGCUCCCACUCGCCACUGAUACACCCGGGGAAUACUGACACCAACAAGCGCAUCAUCAUCAUCAUUAGAAUCACAACCAUCAACAGCUAACCAAGCACUACUGAUACACGACCAAUGACACUCCCAUCGGCAUCAUCAUGGUCACCGUUAUAAAACAAAAACAUCAGUCACUUCCAUCAACGAUACCACUGAUACCAAUGGUAUCACACCACAUUAGCAGCAAUCGCGCCUACCUCCCGUCUCAAACCGGCAUUACACCAGGCUUCUCACAUCACGCGAACACCUACGAGUCGAAUUGCUCCCUGCACUGGGAAUUUAUUUACAAACAACGACAACAAAAACGAUUGCAACUAUUGUUCUAGUCAGGAAGCAUGCCGCAUAAUCACAGCGUACACUCUACAAAAGUUAGAACGUAUUAUUGUUAUUGAUUUGUUCUUAUUGCUAAAUGGAUAACUUUAUUGUACUUAGAACCCACUAAUAUAACCAAAAAAGUAUUACAAAUUAAGUGUCGUGUAUCCUGAUAGUUCAAGAUUGUCUAGAGACCCCAUCAGAGACCCGGUCUCCUGGUCCAUCACUUUUUAGAGACCCCAUCAGAGACCCGGUCUCCUGGUCCAUCACUGCCUAGAUACCUCAUCAGAGACCCGGUCUCCUGGUCCAUCACUGUGUAGAGACCCCAUCAGAGACCCGGUCUCCUGGUCCAUCACUGUCUAGAGACCCCAUCAGAGACCCGGUCUCCUGGUCCAUCACUGCCUAGAGACCCCAUCAGAGACCCGGUCUCCUGGUCCAUCACUGCCUAG